AUGAAACUCGUUCUCAUCACAGGCUUAUUCUCAGCCAUCCUGGCAACCGCCCAACUCACAGGUCCCGUCGGCCCCCUCACAGCCCUCUCCCAAAAGACCCACGAGUGCAACAUUCUCGACUACGGCGCUGUAAACGACAACUCCACUGACAUAGCAGACGCCAUCGAGAAGACCUUCAAGACCUGCGUCCUCCCACACGCUGGAAGCCGUUUAAUUGUCCCAGACGGACAGUACCUGAUCAAGCGCUCAGUCAUUCUGUCAAACGGUACAAAUUGGGCGUUUCAGCUCGAUGGACUUAUCACUUUGGCGUAUGGUGGGAACUGGACUGUUGAUCGUAAGUUGGUAUUGCAGGGCUUUGCGGGAGUUGAGCUGCUGAACGCAACUAUCAAUGGUGAAGGUGAUGGGCAAUUCUUGCAGAAUGGACUCACCAUUAUAAAUCCUGUCGACUUUGAGUUUUACUCACAGAAUGGAAAGGGUGCCAUUCAGGGACAGGGAUACAUCUACAGAAACUUGGCAAAUACUUUCCGUCCUCGUCUUGUCAGAAUAAUUUCACCCAUCAACACUUCUGUUCACGACCUCAUUCUCGUUGACAGCCCAAAGUUUCACAUCGUCUUUGACUUUGCUGAGAACCUCGAGGUAUAUCACCUCACCAUCCGAGGGGCCAACCUGGGUUCUUAUGAUGGGGUUGACGUGGUUGGCACAAAUUAUUGGAUCCACGAUAUCGAGGUGACAAACCGAGACGAAUGUGUGUCGGUGAAAAGCCCUUCCAACCAUGCUCUCAUCGAGAACUUGGUUUGCAACCAAGCUGGUUCCGGCAUCUCGAUUGGCAGUCUUAACGUGUCAGCAUCUAUCGCCAAUAUCCAUGCACGCAAUAUCAACAUCAUCCAGGGAAACAACAUUGCAUUUAUCAAGACUUACCCCGGAGGCUCUGGUCACGUUACCAAUAUCACUUUUGAGAACUUCCGAUCCAAGGCAUCUCUCUACGGCCUUGAUAUCAACCAGUAUUGGCAGAACACGUUUGAGCCUGAUACCGGGGCUGUAGCUUUGAGUAACCUAGUCUUUAAGAACUUCUCCGGAUCUGUCGCCGAUGGUUCCAAGAGACCUCCUCUCUUCCUGGUAGCUAAUGAUCUAUCAUUCGCCACCAACGUCACAGUCGAAGACUUCAGCAUCUGGACUGAAUCUGGAUCCUCAGUCGUCAACAAGAUCAGCAACAUCUUCGGCCACGGCGAUAAUUCUUAUGGACAGGCGAAUGGCAUCAAGUCGCUUUCUUCUGGCCAGGCACCUACCGCAUACACCAGCACUUACACUGUCACGGCUACACCUACCGGUUGGGCAGCUCCAUCAUUCCCUACAUGGGCUGCGGCAAGCACUGGUUAUGGGACUGAUGUGCCCAUUCCGGUUUAUACACCGGCUGCUCUGUGGAAGCCGGAGGGUGACUAUGAUAAGCAUUACUGGGGAUCCUUUUGA